AUGAAGAGUCACUACACAAACACCAUUUAUGCUGUUUUUGUCUUAUUUUGUCUCUUGAUCACAUCUGCCUCUGCACAAUCCCUCAUACGAGAAUACACUGAUGACCUAAAGACAACUCCACAGCAGGAGAAUGGAGCAAAAACAGACACAAACCUGGGAGAAGCGCAUUACUUAGAUAAAGAUGACGACCUAGAGAUAUCCUCACGUGAUUAUAAAGUCCCACUUUCAAACCAAGUGACGGGUAUGAGAGAUCGUCCUCCAAUGUCUUACUCUCUCAAAAUUGAGUCUUUUAACACGAUCCUUCAGUCGCAAGAAAGAGACAGAUACAGAUCUGGUCCUUUUUCGGUUGGUGGAUACAACUGGUCACUUAUUGUGUUCCCCAACGGGAACAGGCAUGAUGGUGGUUCAGGGUUUAUUUCUCUUUACGUAGCCAUAGACAACUCGACUCUAGUCUUUUCACAUCAAGAGGUUAUCGCGGAUCUCAGGGUUUACGUAUUUAGUAGGAGCGCGAGGCAAUACUUCACCAUGCAAGCUGCACAUGUAUGGCGAUUCAAUGUUUUCAAAACGAUGUGGGGAUUCCCUCGGGUCAUGUCUCUUGCUGCUUUCAGAGACCCGAGAAACGGAUACCUCUUCAAUGGAGAUCACUGCGAGUUUGGUGUUGAUGUGACUUUUCCUACUACCUUUCAAAGAUCAGAACUUUUUACCGUCGCUAGGAAUUUUCCUAACCCCAGGUUCACCUGGACUAUUCAGAGGUUCUCCACGCUGCUCGGAGAUACUUAUUUAUCUGAUGCGUUCUCCAUCGGAGGAAGAAAUUGGAAUAUACAAUUGUAUCCAACUGGCUUUUCAACGGGGGAGGGAAGAUUCUUGUCCAUGUAUCUUGUUCUUAAUGCGAACGAGAGCCUCAGACCCUACGAGAGUAUUUAUGUUCGAGCCCAGCUUAGAGUUCUUAACCAACUUGCCUCUCCCCACUGGAGAACCAUCGACAGGCCAAUCAAUCAUUGGAUCAAUCGUCCAGGACCAGGAUUAGGUUGGGGUUACCCUGAGUUUAUCUCUCUAGCUGAUCUCAGGGAUUCACGGAGAGGUUAUCUCGUGAAUGACACGUUGAGGGUUCAAGUAGAAAUAUUAGCAGUUUCUUCAACCAGGAUUCACUACAACUACGUGAAUAAAAAGUUAGUCAAAUGGGUUGGUGCAUACGAUAACGCUAAACGUAUGCAACAAAGCGGGUGGUCGGAAGAUGAUCUAUUGGCGAAAGCACAUGAAUUAUAUUCAAGUGCUGGCAAUGGGACUUUCAAAUAUAUGAAAGAAUGGAUUGAUGUCCAUGAUCAACCACGUUAUGGUAGCAAGGUAGGAGAAAAUACUGGCUCUGGAAGCAGUGGAUCAAAGAGAGCUCAUGAGAGUGACUCCAACUUUGUAGGACCUAGCGCUCGUCCAAUGGGAAGGGAUGCAGCUAAGAAAAAGUCUAAAAGAAAGGGUAAGGGUGCAUUUUUGGAAGUGGUCAACGAAGAUUUUAAUGAAUUCAUGAAAAUGAAAGCACAAGAGUCGGAACACUUGGAAAAGUUAGCCAUGUUGCAGGAAGAGGCAAACCUAAGGCAAAAGGAGGCAACCCAAAGGAAAUAUGACGCAAAUGAAUUGAUGAAAGAAAAGACUCAUGCUAAGAAGAUGAAGAUAUGGCUGAAGCUAAGUGAAAAGGAUUGUCUCAAUGACCACAGCAGAGAGCUGUUGCAGCAGUUGAGCCAUGACUUAUUUGGAAAGUAA